AUGCCUCUCGCUGAUUACUUUGCACAUCCAACAUCCUUCUCUACCCGCCAGCUUCUAGGGAGUCUGACCAGUCGAGACCAAUAUCCGCUAUCUGGCAAUGUUGAAGCCGCCAUCCACACCUGGGCUGCCGGUGGUCGACACUCUUCGCACCCUGAUUUCGCCCACUUAACCUUACUCGUAUUCGAAGCCGUGUUGGAGGUCGUCUGUGUCAGCUUACCAGGUUAUAUUGUAGCCAGGCAGGGCUCCUUCGACGCAGAUUCGCAGAAGUUUCUUGCGAAUCUCAAUGUUGUUCUUUUCACGCCAUGCCUCAUCUUCACUAAACUGGCUUCUCAAUUGACAGCCGAGAAACUGGCCGAUCUUGCCAUCAUCCCGGUCAUCUUUGUCGUCCAAACCAUCAUGUCCUAUCUCUGCGCCUGGAUCAUCUCGAGAGUAAUGGGAUUCAGAAAGAGACAGACAAACUUCGUCAUUGCUAUGGGUGUCUUCGGAAACUCUAACUCGUUGCCCAUCUCACUCGUUCUCGCCCUCUCCAAGACACUGAAGGGCCUGCAUUGGGAUAAAAUCCCCCACGACAACGACAACGAUGUUGCUGCUCGAGGUAUCCUGUACCUACUCGUCUUCCAACAAUUAGGACAAUUGCUCCGAUGGAGUUGGGGCUAUAACAUUCUUUUGGCGCCGCCUGAGACAUAUACCAUCGAGGAGGGCGGCACUAAACAACCCGAUGCCGCAGAGCGAGGACGCGGAGAGUAUCGUGACAGCGUCGACUCUGACCAUGAAGAGAGACGUUUGCUCAGUCCAAGUUAUGAGGGCCAGUAUAGCAGUGAUGAGUUCGGGGAAGACGCCACUAGAGUAGGCACAGAAUCACCCACAAUGUCAAAGUCCGAUGGGUUCAAAACACCCCGAACCCCAGUAAAUCCGUCCGCUGGAACCUCAAGAAACUCCUCACACCGAAAUCUCAAUGAUUGCGCGGAGACACCUGAUCUGCUGGCAACUCCGACAAAUGGUAUGGUCGCUCCUCAUCACCACAUCGACAUUCCAAAGUGGCUGAGAGACCCUGAAAACCGAAGGUAUGAUGAGGACUGCGGCGGUGUGAAAGGUUAUGUCAACAAAGCCAGAAAUAAUAUCAGAGCAUUCUUCUUGAGAAUCGGCCAGUUCUUCACCUCCACGUCCACCAAGGCUUUCCAGGCCCUUCCAGCUACCGUCCAGAAAGCUCUGUCGACGAUCAACGCAAAAGUGCGAUCUUUUCUACAUGGACUCGCCGAAUUCAUGAAUCCGCCAUUGUGGGCAAUGCUAGUGGCCGUCACAGUUGCCAGCAUUCCCAAACUUCAGCAACUGUUCUUCGACGAGGGAACCUUCCUUCGCAAUUCAGUCACCCGUGCAGUGGAACAAAGUGGUGGUGUUGCAGUUCCUCUGAUCCUGGUCGUGCUUGGUGGAAACCUUGCAAGGAACACCAUUCCUCGCGAUCCUGCAGCUGCUACGACGGACCCGAAGGAAGAGAAGAAACUCCUCAUUGCCUCUCUUGUAUCUCGAAUGCUCCUACCAACUCUCGUCAUGGCUCCAUUCAUCGCUCUGCUCGCCAAGUACCUUUCAAUCUCCAUACUCGAGGACAAAAUCUUCAUCAUUGUGUGCUUCUUGCUGUCAGGGGCACCAAGUGCAUUGCAGUUGACGCAGAUAUCUGCGCAGAACAAUGUUUUCCCUGGAUUGAUGAGUCGAAUCCUUUUCCAGAGCUAUGUUGUCUGGAUUCUUCCCUCAACCCUACUGCUAGUUAUGCUGGCUCUGGAGACUGUGGAGUGGACAAAACUGUAA